AUGUCGCCACGCCGGGCCGCCUUCGUGCUCCUGUGCUCGUUGUUAGCGGCCGGUUCCGCCCGCAGGUCCGCCGCGCCGGAUCAGGAGGACGUUCAGGAGGAAGUCAACGGCGCGAGAUGCACGUCCAGGUGUCUCACUCUGCACAUGACGCACCUGACGGCCGCCUUCAAACACCUGCAGACUGACCAGGUUCUGGUUUGGUGUGAGAAUCACAGGCGCUGCUCACAGUGCCUUCAGCCAUGCAAGGAAUUGUGGGAAACCAGAAAGGUGCUGCCACCAAAGUCCUGUGAGAAGCAGACGGAGUGUGUGACCAGCAGGGAGUUCCUUGCCUCCUUGAGGUCCUCGCGUCAGGGUGACUGCGCUCCACCGCAGCGCGCCGCCGGAUUCGCAGCUGCGUGCGUGGAGAGCUGCUCAUCAGACCAGCAUUGUCCCGCCCCCAGGAAGUGCUGCUCCAAUGGCUGCGGACACACCUGUCAAGCCCCAGCCAAUCUCUAUAAAGGUGUUCCCCUCAAGCCCCGUCGAGAGAUGAGCUUCUUGGAGGAUCCCGAGGGCCGCGUGAGGGUGGUGUGGGUGUCAAAGUUCAACGUCAGCGUGGAGCCAGUCAUCUACAUGCUCCAGUCCCGCUGGAAUCUGGGAAUACACCCAAGCGAAGACCACGCCUCCCCGUGGACCACUGUCGCAACGACCCUGUCGGAGCACGCGGUUCUGUCGGAGCUGAGACCCCAGAGGUGGUACCAGUUCAGAGUAGCGGCCAUCAACAGCCAGGGCAGCCGGGGGUUUACCACACCCAGCAGACACUACAUCUCCAGCAAAGACCCCUCCCCUCCAGAAGCCCCCACACAUAUUAGAGUGGCCAACCAGACCCUUGGCUGGGUGGGCUCAAAACCAGGUGCACAGCUAACAAGACAGAAAGGUGAGGGGGUCGCUGUGGAGGCGUUAUUACUCUGGGAGCCCCCCAGGGACGGAGACCUGCUAGUCCACCACUACAGAGUCACAUGGACGCCCCGGCCCACACACGUGCUGCAUGGGCACACAAACCCAACACAUGCACAAGCACGUACAGCACGCAAAAACAAGCACACACUGCCUACACGGUCACGUGCGCCUGGACAGGACAAAAAAGAGGGCAACACCAGAGUGACACGGGGGGCCCAAUGUGAACUGUGGCUGCAGGGUCUGCUUCCUGCUACUUCCUACUUCCUGUCAGUCCAAACGGUGGCCUACUGGAGUCAAAAGAGACUAAAAAGUCCCAGAGCCCAAAUUGUCUUCACUACUGUCAGCAAUACAGGAGAGGACUUUUCCAACGAACUCCCCUCUUCGUCCUCUUCCUCCUCCUCACCCUCCCUCUCCUCUAACCUUCAUCUUACCCCCUCUCUCCCUCACCCUGACCCUGCACCUGACCCCAUUGCCCCGAGUAACCUGCGCCUGGAAACUGCCGCGCCUCAUUACCAUGACAACCAGCUGCAAGUCAAGGUGUUCUGGAAGUGGCUCCAUCAAGCUAGAAGGGAAGACCCUGGUCCGUUUGUGUUGCGGUGGCGUCCACAUGCCUGUGGUACGACUGUUAAUAGCACAGAGAAAACAAGUACCGUACAGGGAACGCAUCACACCAUCACUGGUCUGCUGUUCUCCUGUAAGUACCGCAUUGCCGUGGCAGUGGAGGAGGAUCAGGGAUCAGAGGCUGUCGCCUGGGUCACGACCCCGGCUUGUCCCUCCGUCAUGGCCAGAGGGAGGAAAGGCCUCCCCUGCAACACCGGCGGUAAAGAGCGCCCCCUGUCAGGCAGGAAGGUGGUAUUGCGUCCUGAAAGGCUGACCUCAGACUUCAGACAAGUCAAUGGCACUCUGCUUGCAACAUUUCGCUGGAGGCUAUCCCAGCAUGCACUGCACCAGCCAGCCAUUGAGGGAUUUCAGUUCACUUGGACACAGUUGGUCUCUCCCUCCCCCGGGACCUCCGGGGAAAUAGAGGGCCAGGAAGACACACUCAUCUCCCAGACACAGAUAGUGGCUCCGUCCCAGCGGUCAGUGACGGUUCAGGGUCUCCAGGCUGACAGUAUCUAUAAGCUGCAGCUCCAGGUGCUUACAGCAGGGGGCAGCAAUGGCGCCGCAGUCUCUAAGACCAUACACACCCCAACUAUAAAUAUAACGCUGCAAUAGGCCCCACUCCACCCCUGUCUUCAUCGGCUUCAUCAUCUUAAUCACCUUCUUCUGUCUCAGAAUUCUUUCUUUCUCUGCAUUUUUCUCACAUCUUUCCUCUCCUACACACACACACACACACACACACACACACACACACACACACACACACACACACACACACACACACACACACA